UGCUCUCGCCAUUUACAUCUUCUUCACAAACGAAUUCCUCGGCAUUACGAACAACUCUGUAUCAGUGACAGACAGAGAGAGAGAGAGAGAGAGAGACAGACAGACAGACAGAGGAUGAGUCCGAGGAAGAGUGAGAAGCAAGAAACUUCGUACCACGUAAUCCACAAGCUGCCCCCAGGCGACAGUCCUUACGUCCGAGCCAAGCAUGUCCAGCUAGUUCAUAAGGACCCCGAUGCAGCGAUAGUUUUAUUCUGGAAGGCCAUAAACGCAGGGGAUAGAGUGGACAGUGCGCUGAAGGACAUGGCAGUUGUUAUGAAGCAGCAAGACAGAGCAGAAGAAGCGAUUGAAGCUAUAAAAUCUUUCAGAGAUCGUUGUUCCAAGCAAGCUCAAGAGUCGCUAGACAACAUACUCAUUGACUUGUACAAGAAAUGCGGUAGAAUUGAGGAGCAAAUAGAGCUUUUGAAACAGAAGCUUUGGACGAUCUAUCAUGGUGAGGCUUUCAAUGGGAAACCAACAAAGACUGCUCGUUCUCACGGGAAGAAAUUUCAGGUUACUGUCAAGCAAGAGACCUCCAGAAUUCUGGGGAACCUAGGCUGGGCUUAUAUGCAGCAAGGGAAUUUUUUAGCUGCAGAAGUUGUCUACCGAAAGGCCCAGCUUAUCGACCCGGACGUGAACAAGGCAUGCAACUUGUGCCAUUGCUUGAUAAAGCAAGCGCGACACUUUGAGGCCCGUACAGUACUAGAGGACGUAUUGAUGGGUAAACUCCCAGGGUCUGAGGAUCCCAAGUCGAGAACCCGAGCAGAGGAGAUCCUCCUCGAGCUAGAAGGAGGAGGAGGAGCUUAUGCCCAAACCUUGAAUUCGCCGUCACUUCUAGUCGAGUCGAGCUCCAGCUUAGAGGAUGCCUUUGUGGAGGGACUUGACCACUUGAUGAAGCAGUGGGCCCCCUACCGAUCAAGGAGACUCCCUGUUUUCGAAGAGAUUUCUUCUUUUAGGGAUCAGUUGGCUUGCUGACAAGGUUGCGUUAUUGAGGUACAGUUUUCUUGUCGCACAUAGAAAAUAGAUGACGGAAAAUGGCCUGGGACGGACGAGUGUAGAUGCUUUGUUAUCGUCUCUGUUUUUGCCACAUUUUGUAUAGCAAAGAAUCGAGGGGUGGGUCGGGUUUUUUGUUUCGUGUUGUGUAUCAGUUUGCCCUCUUCCGGGGAAUGAUGUAACAAGAACAAUAGCUUGUUGUCCGCGUUGCUUUUUUUCGUGGAAGAGAACAGCCUCUUUCUGUUUUC